AUGGGUGAGGGAGAUGCCGUGACUGAGAAGCUUGAGUCAGUGGCCAAUGGCUGCGUUGAGAAAGAUGGUGGGACGGACAAAGUGACUGAAGCUGAGGUGGAUAAGAAAGGGGAGUAUCAGGUUGGGGUGACUGAAACAGAAGAGAAGAAAGGAGAUGAAAUGAAAGUUGAGUCUCAGGAUAUGGAUGUGGACAAAGAAGAAGUCAUUAAGAGCAAAGAAAGCGAUGAAAAGGGGGAUGAGGGUAGUACUAAAGAAGACACAAAGGAAUUAGGAGAAAAGAAUGAAACUGUAGAAGUUGAAAAGAAGGAAAUCAAGAGUGUGGAAAUGGAGGAGAACGCCAAGGAAAAAACCGAGGAUACAACUGCAGAAGUAGAAAAGAAGGAAAUAGAAGGAGACGCAGAGGGUAAAUCAGAGAGUGGAAUUGAAGAAGGAAAAGAGAAGGAAAAAGAAAUAGAGGGAGAAGCAGAGGAUAAAACUGAGAAUACAACUGCAGAAGUAGAAAAAAAGGUAAAGGAGAUUGAACCAGACGCGGAGGAUAAAACUGAGAGUUCAACUGUAGAAACAGGAAAGAAGGAAAAUGAAAUGGAAGAAGUCACGGAGGAUAAAACUGAGAUUCCAACUGUUGAAGCAGAAAACGAGGAACAGGAACUGGAGAAAGACACAGAUGAGAAAACUGAUACUGUGCCUGAAGAAGCAGAAAAAAAGGAUAAAGAAAGUGAGAAAAAGAAGGAAGACAUGGAGGAGAAAACGCAACAUGGAUCUGAAGAAGCAGAAAAGAAGGACAAAGAGACUGAGGGAAUUGAGAAGGACAUGGAGGAGAAAACCGAGCAUGGAUCUGAUGAAGAAGCAGAAAAGAAGGACAAAGAGACUGAGGGAAUGGAGAAAGACACGGAGGAUAAAACCUAUCAUGGAUCUGAAGAAUCAGAAAAGAAAGAAAAAGAGAGUGAGAAAAUGGAGGAAGACACGGAGGAGAAACCUGCUAAUGCAUCUGAAGAAGCAGAAAAGAAGGAAAAACCGAACGAGGAAAUGGAGGAAGACACAGAGGAAAAAACCGGGAAGGCAUCUGAAGAAGCAGAAAACUUGGACAGAAAGAUUAAGGAUAAACUUCAAGAGGAGGUUGAUGGAGUGAAUGAGAAGGAAGAAAAGCCAGAUGAGGCCAUCAAAGAGAAAGGUACAAGAAAACCUCCUAGAAUGGAGGACAAAGAGACUGAGGGAAUGGAGAAAGACGCGGAGGAGAAAACCUAUCGUGCAUUUGAAGAAUCAGAAAAGAAAGAAAAAGAGAGUGAGAAAAUGGAGGAAGAUAAGGAGGAGAAACCCGAUAAUGCAUCUGAAGAAGCAGAAACGAAGGAAAAAAUGAGUGAGAAAAUGGAGAUAGACACAGAGGAAAAAACCGGGAAUGCAUCUGAAGAAGCAGAAAACAUGGACAGAAAGAUUGAGGAUAAAGUUCAAGAGGAGGUUGAUGGAACGAAAGAGAAGGAAGAAAAUGCAGAUGAGGCCAUCAAAGAGAAAGGUACAAGAAAACGUCCUAGAACAAAGAGUGGAGCUGGAAAGAAAAGCUUUAAGAAGGGACCUGAAGAUACGGUGGAAGGAAAUAAAUCGCCAAACGAUAAAAAGACAAAUGAACCUAAGUCAUCAAUAGAAAAAGAGAAAGACGACCCAACAACUCCUGCAGCUUCCAGAAUUGAGCGCCCUGUACGUGAAAGAAAAUCCGUUGAAAGGUUGGUCGCCAUUAUUGAGCAGGACUCUUCUAAGGAAUUCCAUGUUUUAAAGGGUCGUGGAACCGCACUGAAAGAUAUCCCUAGUGUGGCAUACAGGUUGUCAAGAAAUAAGAGUGAGGAUACUCUCAAACUGUUGCAUACUAUUCUUUUUGGAAGGAGAGGAAAGGCUAAUUCAAGGAAGGAAGAUGUUAUUACUAAGUUGGUAGAAUUUUUGGUGGAGCCUCAUGCCACUACAUCUGAAUUACUCGCUGAAAAGGAGCAGUCGAGUAAGGGCAAAAAGAGAAAGAGGGUGAGCAAAUCCGCAUCUGGGACAGGGAGUAAUACACCGUCAAAAGGCUCAGCUAAGAGUCAAAAGAUAACUGGGGAAAAUUCUACAAAGAUUGUGGACCCGAAAGGCAGGCCUUCUGAGUCUGAAGAUGAAUCAGGAGAAGAGGAAGAAGCCCAUGAAGAAGAGGAUGGUGCAAAUCGUACUGGAGAAAGAUCAGAUGAUGAAAUGUCUGAACAAGCUGAAGCUGGAGAAAGUGAAUCCGAAGAUAAGUCGGAUGAGGACAAGGGAAAGAAGCUAGUUUCAGCAAAGUCUUCUGGAAAGAAAAAGUCUGAUAGCAAAGCCAGAACAAAGAAAGAAACCGUUUUGAAAAAGGUCAGCCCUCCACCCAAAAAGACACCUGCAAAAUCAGCACCCAGCCAAUCAGAAAAGAACAGAGAUACAAGUGAAAAAAAGUCUUCUGGUAAGAAGAAAGACGAAUCGUUCGUUAAGUUACCAAGCCGAGCAGAAAAGAAUAAAGAUGCAAGUACAAAAAAAUCUUCUGGUAAGAAGAAAGGCGAAUCGUUUGAUAAGUCACCGUCUGGGAAGAAGACAGAUUCAAAAGAAAGCACUGGGAAUAAAAUUCUUAAAGUGAAGGAUAAGCUCAAGGAGCAGAAAUCAGAGCCAACUGAUGCCGAACUCACUGGUGCUAUCUGUGAAAUCCUUAAAGUGGUCGAUUUCAAUACGGCUACAUUCACCGACAUUCUUAAGCAACUCACCAAGAAAUUCAAGACGGAUUUGGUGCCAAGAAAACAAGCAAUAAAGCUUAUGAUUCAGAAAGAGCUGACAAAGCUUGCUGAGGCCGAUGAGGAUGAUGAUGAGGAUGAAUGUGAUGAUGAUGGUGACAAUAACAAAAAGAAGCCGUCGCCCCAUGUUGUAAAGGCCUGA